AGUCGCCACGCCUGCGCGGUCGUCAGCCUGCGACGCGCUCACGGAGGCGCGACCUGCAGCCGCCAGUCAAGCUCGGUGUCCUCGGCCCUGGUUGCUGCUCGUUUCCGAGGUGUCGGACACCGGUCACACACUGGAUUCAUAUGAGGUGUGCGAGUGCGCCAGCGCUGGAAAGGAGAUUUGAGGCAUCACGUUGACCGUCCUGCGCGGUGUUAAGUUCCCGGCGUGAAUGCGAGGGGACGCCGUGUUCUGACGGACCAGGACAAUCUUGUCAAACGAGCUCUUUCCUCAUUAACCCGUGCCCGCCCCUCUCUUCAAACAGACUCGCUUGCCUGAUUCAUCUCUGCGGUCUCCCAGCUCAGCGAGAUGAUUGGUCGUCACUUCUCUGCGGGCCCCUCCCUCCGCCAUGCUCGCCCGUGGCCUCAGUGAAUUCGGCGCCUCCGUCCAAUCAGCUGAUGGGAUGCGCGUGAUGGCCAACGAGAACAAGACGCCGGACAGAGUGCCGCCGCCGCCGCCUCCACCGCCGCCGCCGCCCCCUCCCCCUCCACCCCCGCCUCCCCCCUCGUUGCCCACGGGAGGCCUGAAGAUCCAUAAGAGGGUGAGGAGUUUCUUCUGGAAAACCAUCCCGGAGGAGCAGGUGCGGGGGCGUGCCAACCUGUGGACGCUGGGCCGGGCGCAGCAGAGCCGCCGGAUCGACGCCAGCACGGUGGAAGAACUCUUUGGUCAGCAGCAGGGUCACGCCGGCGCCACGCCGGCCGGGGGAGGGAGGGGCCGCGGCUCGCUGCGGGACACAAAGGACCAGGUCUCCCUCUUGGACACCAAGCGAGGCAUGAACGUGGGCAUCUUCCUCAAACAGUUCAAGAGGUCCAACCAGGCCAUCAUUGACGACAUUCGCCGUGGCAACGGCGAGCCUUACGGGGCGGAGCCUCUGAGAGAGCUGAUGAAGUUGCUGCCUGAGGCGGAUGAGGUGAAGAAGAUGAAGGCGUACGGUGGAGACGUGUCAAAGCUGUCACUGGCCGACUCCUUCGUGUUCCUGCUAAUUCAGCUCCCCAGUUACGCCACGCGCAUCGAGUGCAUGCUGGCCAAGGAGGAGAUUCCUGGCAUGUGCGAGGCCACGCGGGCUCACAUUGGCAUCCUUCGCUCUGCAACCAAAGAGGUUCUUGGCUGUCAGGAGCUGCAUGCCAUCCUCCACUUGGUACUGCAGGCCGGAAACAUCCUCAAUGCUGGCGGUCACGGCGGAAAUGCGGCGGGCUUCAAACUGUCGUCCCUUUUGUCUCUGGCCGACACGAAAGCCAACAAACCGGGAAUGAACCUGCUGCACUUUGUGGCUCUGGAAGCCCAGAAAACAGAGGAGAAGUUGUUGGACUUCCCGCUGAAGUUGAAUCACGUUCGGGCUGCUUCCAGGAUCUCCUUGGAGACGCUGGACGCUGAACUGCAGCGGCAGACGUCCCGCACGCGCACUCUCGAGGAGAGCGUCCGGACGGACGGCGAGCUCCUACAGCAGUUGGACGGCUUCCUACAGGAUGCAACAGCGCGGAUGUGCGCGUUGCGCGGCACCCGGCAGCUGCUGAGCGAGGAAGCCGGCGAGCUGAUGGAUUUCUUCUGCGAGGACAGCGACACGUUCCGACUGGACGAGUGCUUCUCCGUGUUGCACGGCUUCUGCUGCAAGUUCAGCCAUGCUGUGAAGGAGAACAAAGAGCGGGAAGCCCGUCGCAAUCGCUUACAAGUGCUGGAGGAACAGAAGAGACAUUCGUGGGCUGGCGGCGAAGAGAUGGGAGGCGCCGUGGGCUUCCACUGCAGAAGUGAAACAGACCUUUCAGCGGUUAUGUUGCACCAGGACGAGGCCAGCGUGCUCCUGGAGCUCCUCUCUCCGAAGUCGAACGGCUGCCGUGCUUCUCGGCGACAUACGGUGCGUUCCCGACACUCGUCGUCGCAAAGCCCGUCCUCCCCCUCUGGGAACACAGCAACGACGACGACAACGCCAUUAGCCGCCAAUCUCGACCGUCACGUCGAUGUGGACACCGCCUCCGACAAUGACCGAGACCACAAAGAGGCUUCGAUGACACGCCCGGAAUUGCGCCACUGCAAAACAUCUUCUGAAGAUGACCACAGCAACCACGACAUCUUGGCGGCUGCUAACGACAACAACAACAUAGUGUUUCUUCUGGAGAAAUGCUCGCUGGUUCCUGUGCUAAAGUCCUUCGGGGAGGUCGGCGGCCCCGCUCGUCUCUGUGAAGUCACCGCCGCGGAUGCGGAAGAGCCACGAGCUUCGGACGAGUCGAUGGCAGCGCAGGCGGCGGUUUCAUGGUGCGUGACGGCCGUGUGCGAGGCGGACCAUCCAGGAGAAAAGGAGCCGGCGUCGGUUUCUGAACCGGCGCAGUCCGCGCCCGUCUGCCGCCAACCGCCGCCAACCUCGACACUUUGCGUCUCCUCCAAACCUCCUCCUCAGUCAGACCAGCGUAAGAAGGCGGGCUCAUCCAGAACCGUCGCUACCUCCACGAACGGGAUCCGAUCCAAUCACGUGCGUACCCUCAACAGUUCCGAGAAGCAAAACAUGAGGAGGGUGGUGCCCAUCUCCAGGACCAAUAGAGAGAAGCGAGGAGAGAAGCCCUCCACCGCCCCCUCAUCACGAUGCUCAAACCUCCAGCCCAGAGAUUCAAAGAACCGCCACGUUCCCGGUGCUCGGAACCAGCCGGAGGAGAAGAUGUGUCGCUCCACGCUGCGAGCGAUUGGGGGUGGUUCCACUGUCAAGGCUCCCAACACUCCUUCUCCUGCCCCGUUGUCGGGCCCGGGUUUCGCCCGAAGCACUGCCUCUUCCUCUUUUCGACAAACACGUGCUGCCCUUCCACGGGCGAACGUCUUCAAAUCUGGAUCUGAAACAUCUUCCAAAUCAUCCACAUCUGCAGAGCAACCUCGCACCUCAUCGUCCUUGUGCUCCUCCUUGCCCAAGAGGACUACGAGCAUCAGGACACCACCAAGCAUCAUCGCAACUCAGAGUAGCAGGACACCACCCAGUGUCAGAACAUCGCCAAGCACCAGAUCACCUCCGAGUGUCAGGACAUCGACAAACAUCAGCGCACCUCCGAACAAUAGCACGCCACCAAACGUCAGGCCCCAUUCGAGCGUCAAGACAUCUGCAAACAUCAGGACGCCUCCAAUUAUCAGGACACCUCCGAGUGUCAGGACAUCGGCAGAGAUCAGGACGCCUCCGAUUAUCAGAACACCUCCGAGUGUCAGGACAUCGGCAAAGAUCAGCACACCUCCGAUUAUCAGAACACCUCCGAGUGUCAGGACAUCGGCAAAGAUCAGCACACCUCCGAACAAUAGCACGCCACCAAACGUCAGGCCCCGUUCGAGCGUCAAGACAUCUGCAAACAUAAGGACGCCUCCGAUUAUCAGGACACCUCCGAGUGUCAGGACAUCGGCAAAGAUCAGGACGCCUCCGAUUAUCAGGACACCUUCGAGUGUCAGGACAUCGGCAAAGAUCAGGACGCCUCCGAUUAUCAGGACACCUUCGAGUGUCAGGACAUCGGCAAAGAUCAGGACGCCUCCUGGCUCGAUGGGCCCUGACUCCGUGGCCCCCGCUAAAGGCCACGGGCACGAUGGCAGCUUCUCGGACAAGUCCAGCCAAUCGCGGCACUCGGUCAAGGUCUCCAGGCCCAGCUGGAGAUAA